CGAGAGAGGUAGAGAGGCUCACCGAGACAGAGCGCGAGAGCGAAAGAGAGAGAGAGAGCGCGAGAGAGGGGGAAAACAUGAGAAACCUUGAGCGCUUCUCUCUCGUGGUUUUACGACUGCGUACGAGUGAGUGUGUGCAUUCCGCUAUGCGCGAGUGAGAGUGAGUGUGAUUGUGAAUGUGUGAGAGUGUGUGUGAAUGCGUGUGCGAGUGUAUACACAUGCAUGUGGAUGGACUCUUCAGUCCGUUUUCAACUGGACAAACUGGACAAACUCUACUUUUCUUUUUAAUCAGAGAUUCUUUGAUUUAUUCGCCCUGGUGGAACAAACUGAAACAAUGAAAACGCCAAAAUGUACAUUUGUGUUUGAGAAAAUGAGAGUGUGAUUUCUGCUUCAAAGGAAUAUCUCAAAUUUUUUUCCAAAAUCUCUGUAAACACCUGGAAAAGGACACCUGACUGAUGAAGCUUUAAUGCGGCGCUGAACCUCCACGUGGAUCUACUCGGGUUUUUUUGGAUUGUACGAGUGUAACACAUCGCCGUUUGGUCUCUUUAAUGCUCCGGCUGAGUUUUCACUCUAAUUCUGAAGUUCACUUCCGAAGCACGUUAAGGUUUAGGAGGGUUUGAUCUCUGAAGAAGUGAAGAAGCUGAGGUGGAGCUUUCCUCCUGAACUUUCACAUCAGAGGAGAAAAGUUCUGAAAAGUUCUGUAAGCGUGGAGUAGAGAAGCUGGAGCAGGCCGCAGAGCUCCCCACGUUCUCACAGUCGGAGCUGAACUACAGGUACGAGGAUGCUGCAGGGGGUCAGAGUGAGGUUGAGUCCCACCUGAAGCCCCUCCCCCCCGUCCCCUCCGCCCGGUCCCCCACCCUCCACCGUCCCAGAAUGCACUGCCCCUGCAGAGGGAAGCUGAAGCUGCUGCUGGCGUCUCUGAGCUUCGUGGUUCUGCUCACCUGGCUCUACCUGCUGGCGGGAAACCUGGAGAACGGGCGCUCGCUGCUCCUCUCUCCCUGUGUGGUGGAGUCCACUGAGGCCCGGCUGCUGGAGCGGGACGUCCUGGAGUCGCGGGUACGAGAGGUGGAGGAGGAGAACCGGCAGAUCCGCCUCCAGCUCAGCCAAUCACAGGGCUUGGCCGCUCAGCCGGCCGAGGGUAACUACGGCAACCAGCAGUGGGUGGCAUCGGCGGACACGGGUCCCGAGGAUGUGGAGAACACGGCGGAGGAGAGAGCCAAUCACAGCGAGUGUUCGCGGUCACCCACCGCCGAGAAGUGCGAGCUGAUUCACGUCGCGUGUGUGUGUGCGGGUCACAACGCCAGCCGAGACGUGGUCACGCUGGUCAAGUCCAUCCUGUUCCACAGGAGAAAUCCACUACAUUUUCACUUCAUCACCGAUACAGUAGCCAAUCAGAUCCUCAGCACUUUGUUCCAGUCGUGGAUGGUUCCUUCAGUGCAGGUCAGCUUCUACGAUGCUGAUGAACUAAAGUCGGAGGUGUCGUGGAUCCCUAAUAAACACUAUUCAGGAAUAUACGGCCUGAUGAAGCUCACCCUGACCAAAGCUCUUCCCUCCGACCUCUCCAAGGUCAUCGUCCUGGAUACGGACAUCACCUUCGCCACGGACAUCGCCGAGCUGUGGGCCAUCUUCAGGAAAUUCACAGAGAAACAGGUGAUCGGACUGGUGGAGAAUCAGAGCGACUGGUAUCUGGGGAAUCUCUGGAAGAACCAUAAACCCUGGCCAGCUUUGGGGCGUGGCUUCAACACAGGUGUGAUCCUGCUGUAUCUGGAGCGUCUGCGCCGGAUUGGCUGGGAGCAGAUGUGGAGGCUGACGGCUGAGAGAGAGCUCAUGAGCAUGCUCUCCACCUCCCUCGCCGACCAGGACAUAUUCAACGCUUUCAUCAAACAGAACCCGGUUCUGGUGCAUCAGCUGCCCUGUUUCUGGAAUGUUCAGCUCUCAGAUCACACUCGCUCUGAACAGUGCUACACUGAAGUCUCUGAUCUGAAGGUGAUUCACUGGAACUCCCCUAAAAAGCUAAGAGUGAAAAACAAGCAUGUGGAAUUCUUUCGCAAUCUUUACUUGACGUUUCUGGAGUACGAUGGGAAUCUUCUGCGCCGGGAACUUUUCGGAUGUCCCAGUCAGGCCAGCUCUGAGAGUACAAAGCUCCAGACGGCGCUGGAGGAGCUGGACGAGGACGAUCAGUGCUACGAUUUCCGGCGUGAGCGGAUCACCGUGCACCGUGUUCACCUCUACUUCCUGCAGUACGAGUACACGUCCACCGAGGACGACACGGACGUCACGCUGGUGGCCCAGCUGUCCAUGGACAGGCUGCAGAUGCUGGAGGCGAUCUGUAAACACUGGGAGGGUCCGAUCAGCCUGGCGCUCUACAUGUCUGAUGCAGAAGCUCAGCAGUUCCUGAGAUACGCUCAGGCUUCAGAGGUCCUCAAAAACCGCAAGAACGUGGGCUAUCACAUCGUCUACAAAGAGGGGCAGUUCUACCCGGUUAACCUGGUCCGAAACGUGGCUCUACGAAACGCCAAGACGCCCUACGUCUUUCUGACCGACAUCGACUUCCUGCCCAUGUACGGACUCUACGAUUACCUCAGAAAAUCCAUUGUCCAGUUGGACAUGGCGAACACCAAAAAAGCUCUGGUGGUGCCAGCAUUCGAGACUUUGAGAUAUCGCCUCUCUUUCCCCAAAUCCAAAGCUGAACUGUUGUCCAUGCUCGACAUGGGGACUCUAUACACCUUCAGGUACCAUGUUUGGACAAAGGGUCACGCACCAACCAAUUACGCCAAAUGGAGGACGGCGACCACGCCCUACAAAGUGGAAUGGGAGGCGGAUUUUGAGCCGUAUGUUGUGGUCAGGAAGGACUGCCCUGAAUAUGAUCAGAGAUUUGUGGGCUUUGGCUGGAACAAAGUCUCCCACAUUAUGGAGCUGGAUGCACAGGAGUACGAGCUGACGGUCCUCCCGAACGCCUUCAUGAUCCACAUGCCGCACGCCCCCAGCUUCGACAUCUCCAAGUUCCGCUCCAGCCCAGGAUACCGGUUCUGCCUGACCACGCUGAAGGACGAGUUCCACCAGGACCUCUCUCGAAAGUACGGUUCUGCUGCUCUGAAGUACCUCACCGCUCAGAGGAACAUCUAAACCCCGCCCAUAAGCCGUGCUCCGCACGCGCUCAGUCGGGGAGCUUCACUCGGACGGUUCUUGGAGGCCUUCGGGCCACAUGCUGCUCUGUGAUUGGCUGAGAUGUGUGGAGGAUCUGAAGGAGGAUCUACCUUUUUUUACACGCCCUCGUCCACCUGAACUACUGAACUACUGACCUGCUGUAUCUGAGGACUGGAGCU